GAUUUUUUUUAAUGCUAAAAUACUUGGUGAUGGUGGAAUAUAAAGUCAAUUACUUAAUUACUUGAUGAUUUAGUUUAACCCUCUCUGUUAAUGCAAAGUGCCUCUUAUCACUUGAUGUUAAUGGCUUCCUCUUCUUCUUCUUCCAUUUCUCCUAAACUAGAAUAUGAGGUUUUCCUUAGUUUCCGUGGUGUGGACACUCGAAAAAACAUUACCAGCCAUCUUUAUGAAGCCUUUCGUCAGAAAAAUAUUAAAACUUUCAUUGAUGAUAACCUUGUCAGAGGAGAAGAAAUUUCUCCAUCUCUUUUGAAGGCAAUUGAACAUUCGAAGAUCUCGGUUAUCAUUUUCUCUAAAGGCUACGCUUCCUCCAGAUGGUGUCUCAAAGAACUUGAAGAGAUUGUUAAAUGUAAGAACACGUAUGAUCAGAUCGUAAUACCAGUCUUCUAUGACGUAGAUCCAUCUGAUGUCAGGAAUCAAACUGGGGAUUUCGGAAAAGCAUUUGCUGAGCUUGAAAAUCGUUUUAUUGGUCAUUCAGAGAUGUUGGAGGGAUGGAGGACUGCUUUGAGGGAUGCAGCCAACCUUUCUGGUUCUCAUUCAAAGAACUCUAGGGAUGAGGCAACGCUGGUAAAAGAACUUGUCAAUGAUGUAUUGAAGAAAUUACAUUAUAACUCCUCAGUUAUUUCUUCCAAAUACUUAGUUGGACUAGAGUCAUCAAUCGAACAGAUUGAAAAUUUAUUAUGUUCAAAGGGUGUUUGCAAGCUAGGAAUUUGGGGCAUCGGGGGCAUAGGAAAAACUACUCUUGCUGAUGCUAUAUUUAAAAAAAUCUCUAAACAGUUUGAAGAUUCUUACUUCAUUAGGAAUAUUAGAGAAGAAUCAGAGAAAAGUGGGGGAUUAAAUGCCUUAUGCCAAAGACUAAGUUAUGCAUUUCUAGGGGAUAUACAUCCCAAUCAUGAAUUCACCUUCACAAGAAGAAGUCUUAUUAGCAGAAAAAAAGUUCUUAUUGUAUUUGAUGAUGUAACAAAUUUAAAUCAAAUACAAUGUUUAAUGGCAGUUUUUGGUGAGUUGGAUUCAUACAGUCGAAUCAUUAUAACGUCAAAGGACAAAUAUGUGUUAAGAAAUUGUGAAGUGGAUCACAUUCAUGAGAUGACAGAGUUAUUUCCUGUUGAUGCUUUUAAACUUUUUGUCCUCCAUGCCUUUAGAGGAAACCCUCCAACAAAAGAUUAUAUUGACCUAUCAUCUAAAAUAGUAGGUUAUGCUAAAGGUCUUCCACUAGCUCUUGAAGUUUUAGGUUCCUUUCUAUUCAAGAGGACGAAGAGAGAAUGGGAAAGUGCACUAGAAAACUUGAAAACAAGUCCUCCUGCGGAUGUCCAAAAAGUGUUAAAAAUAAGUUACGAAGGAUUAGAUGAUAAACAUAAGUGUGUAUUUUUGGAUAUUGUAUGUUCUUAUAAAGGGUGUAAAAGAGAUUUUGUAGAAGCAAUCUUGAAUGAUCGUGACUUAGACGCUCAUAUUUGUAUAAAUGUUCUCAUUGAAAGGUGUCUCAUAACUACAUCAUCUAAUACCAUAACAAUGCAUGAUUUACUUGAAGAAAUGGGUAAAGAAAUUGUUCGACAAGAAUCGAUUGAUAAUCCAGGCAAACGUCGUCGGUUGUGGGAUCAUGAUGAAAUAUUUUCAGUAUUGAAGAAUAAUACGGGAACUAGAGCAAUUCGAAGCAUAUGCUUGGAUAUAUCUAAAGUAGAAGAGUUGCAUUUAAAUCCUGAAGCUUUUAACAAAAUGCCAAACCUACGAUUCUUGAAAAUUUAUGGGUCUGAACGUGGAAAGAAGGUGCUUGAAUCUGAUUCCUCUGCAUUUCGCCGUAUCUUGAGAUGGUUGAAAAGAGAAAACUCCAAUGAUGGAAAGGUGCAUGGUUUUGAGAAACUUAAGUUUGAUUUCUAUGAGAUAAGGCACUUUUGCUUUCAUGGAUAUCCUGCCAAAUCAUUGCCGCCAAAUUUUAAUCCAAAGAACCUUGUUGCACUUUGCAUGCCUAAUAGCAAAGUUAAAAAACUUUGGACUGGUAACCAGGUUCUUGUUAAUUUGAAAUAUAUUGGCCUCAGUCACUCUAAGCAUCUAUGCAGAAUACCAGAUUUGUCACUUAUGCCGAAUCUUGAGAGCUUGAAUCUUGAAGAUUGUACAAAUUUGCUUGAGAGUUUCUCAUCUAUCCAUAAUCUCCAUAAACUUGUUAUCUUGAAUCUACGAGGAUGCAAAAGCUUUAAUAAUCUUCCAAUUAGUGAUAGUUGCCAAUCUCUUCGAAAAGUUUAUCUCUCUGGUUGCUCAAAUCUCGAAAAAGUUCCAAAUCUCCCUAAUACAGUUGAAAAGUUAUAUCUAGAUGAAACUGCCAUUAAAGAACUUCCAUCAAUAGGGCAUUUAUUUAGACUAGUAAAAUUAAGUCUUAGAAAAUGUUCAAGGCUUGAGAGAUUACCAAAUAGUAUUUGUGAGUUGAAAUCCCUUAAAUAUCUUUGUCUCUCGGGUUGUUCCAAACUUGACAGAUUGCCUAAUGACAUGGGAAAUUUACAAACUCUGGAGGAACUGGUACUGGAGGGAAUUUCUUUUGCAGAAAUAGCAACAUUUAUGGCAAGUUUGACCAACCUGAAGACAUUAUCUUUGACAAGAUGUGAGAUGCAAAAGCGAUUGGGUAUCCCACUCGUCGAUUUAUCUGUCUUCCAAAGAAUCGAAGAGCUAUGCCUGAUUGAUUGUGGCAUCGAAGUGUUACCCAACACUAUUGGUGAAUUACUCUCACUAGGAAGUUUAGAUCUUCGCCAAAACAAUUUGGAGACGCUACCAGAGAGCAUCAAAGACCUGUCUAACCUGGAAGGGCUUUCUUUAAGCAAUUGCCAGAGGCUUAAAUACUUACCGGAGCUUCCAAGCAGUCUACUGCAAAUUACAGCAAUGAAUUGUGUUUCUCUUGAAUCAGUAUCAAGUUUAUUCCAACGUAUGGAUUCUUUGAUUGACAUAAUCAACUUCUCUAAUUGUUUCAAAUUAAAAUUAGAGAUGACAGAUGCUCUCUUGUUGAAUAUUGAGAGAAGUGCAGCAGACGAUCACCGUCAAGAGCAUUUGGAACGUUGUAUUGGAUUGCAGUAA